AUUGCCGUGUGUUAAACUGUUAACGUCGUCUCCCGAACACGUGCGUGAUAAGUUGUCAAUAACACAAAACAACAUUAUUAACAACAAAAAUAACGGUCGUGUCGAGUCCGCCCUCGAAGGGUUUGAAUUACUAAGAACAAGACAACUUAAUUCACGAUCAUCUCAAUCAAUUGCCGACGAUGUGCGACGGCCGUCCGUGAUUUUUCUGGUCUGUGAACACUCGCAAUGGACAAGUUCGUGAAGCUUAGGAAGAGGAAAGAAGACAACGGCGACGACAACACGGAUAAAUUCUACGUGCCCUGCGGCAAGUGGAUAACUGCGGAUGAUGAUGAUUUGGCUUGUGCUUUGGGAGCUCAACAACCUUCGGCCCCUCAGAAGAUAGAACGAUCGGCCUCGCCGCUAUCGCCGAUUUCGUCCGUUUCUCCGACAUCGAUGGACUUUUCGAGAAAAUCAUUAGGACAAAUGAGACGUAAUUACGUUUCUAGACGUUUAUUAUUUGAUGAUGAGGAAAAAAUCAGUGUUAAUAAGCCCAUUGAUGAACAAAUGAUCAUCAUCCCUCAAUCAAUUGAUGACUUGGAAGAUAAGGCGACUCCAGAAGUCAAUCCUGACCAAACUAUUAUCGACUCUCUGUCGGCACGCGGUUUCGUCGUGAACACUCACAGUCCCUGCAAGGACAAAGACAGAUUCCCAGGACAGUACGGCCACUUUAUACCGGCCGGAUCGGAUCCGCAGACAAACACGGAGGACGGAGAACGCGUGCCGGCAUUGUUACCGUCCGCCUGCAGACAAUUCAAAUGUCUAUCGGUGUUCGAAGGCAUCGAAUACAGCGUGCUCGUGGCGGACGCCGGUCCGGCAGCCGACGUCUCCGCCGAGACGGCCAAAGUGUUGGCGGCCGUCGGUCCACACCCGCACAUCGUCUCGUACUUCUGCAACUGGUCGGACGCCCGUUACCAUUACUUGCAAAUGGAACUGUGCCCGGCGAGCCUGUCGUCGGUGCCCUUGAACAACGUCGCCGACUGCCGAACGGUGUUGGAGCACGUCUCGUGCGCUCUCCACUACUUGCACGACGGCAAGAUGUACGCGCACAACCGCGUCGACCGGCCGAACGUGUUCACGGCCACGGACGGCGAUCGCGUCGUGUACAAGCUGGGCGGGUUCGAAGCGGCCACCAAACUGUCGGCGAACGACAGCGGCACCGCCGCCGCCGCCUCGGCCGACGUCCAGUCCCUGUGCCUGAUGGUUUCCGGACUGAUCAAGGACGUCGACGACCAGUGGUUCGCCGACGAGGAGGACCUGCGCCAGUACCUGUCGUCCGUCACGGAAACGGCGUGUUCGGCCGCGAACGCUCUGUCCGUGUGGCGGUGGUGUUGCGGGGCCCGUCCGCAACUCCGCCGGUCCGGCAGCAUGUCGGCCAUGAUGACGUUACGGGACGUCGACGACGUGGCGGGGGUAGCCGGUCAGACGGCGGUGGCGACGUCGUUCAGAAAAACCGCCGCCCGUCGCGCUUACGAAAUCGCCGCGGCCUCCGCGUCGAGCAAAUGAUAACGUGAGGAGAAAAAAAAAAAAACGUUUUAAAAACACAAUAAUUACCAAGGUCGGUGCUAUUUGUUGCGAGAGCUAUAACCAGUUUUAGUUUUCUUUUUUUUUUGUUUGUUUUAAGUUAUUGAAUUAUAUUAUGAUAAUAUAUAUAAUAUAUUUAUAUAUAUAAUUAUAUUAUAUUGCCCUAUACGGCUAUUAUACCCUUAGUUACGUUGUUUUGUGUGACGAGAUUUUAAAAAUUUGCGCGUAAACGACGCUUUGCUUCUUUUCUUUGAAGCGCAGUGACCAAGUAGUUCCUGUUGUUUAUCCAUUAAACUUACUUUUAUUGUUGAAGAAUCUCGUUAACUGAUUUUUUUUUUAAGUGUACCUACCUACGAGUAGCGUUGUUUAUUUUAUACGGUUAUCAUUAUUAUUUUUUUUUUAUUUCGAGUACUUCAAACGAGUACUUUUUAUUAUUUUGUAUAGUUACUGUGAAUUUUUUUUUAAAUUGUAAACAGAAUUUAAUCAACUGGAACGUUGAUGUGAUAAAAGUUACUAAUAAAUAAUUUUUUUUAUUUAUU